AAAUGUUGUUCGUUCAAAGGACAUUUCCUGCUGAAUAACGUAGAAUAUCAUGUGAAAUGUUGUUUUAAGAAGGUUUUUAAGCACCUUUAUGUCUUGGUGAUAACAUAGAAAACUUUUUAAAACAUAACGACCGUAAUUACGGUAGAAGCUGGACCUCAGUCGGGAGAAAUAUUUGAAUGCGCUUUUAAACGGGUUUUACGGUAGACUAGCCGCGCCUACGUUCCAGGAAGUGAGAAUCACAGUCACUUAAGAUAGCUGUCAUUUAUGCAAGAAGUGAACUGUUGUAUAUCUCACGAAAUCCUUGCUGUUAUACAAUAAAGUGGUGAGCCAAGAACAAGGAAGAUGUUUUCUCCACGGGUCCUGAAGUCUGCAUCGUCCUUCAUAUGCAGAAGGUUUUCCACAAGUCAAAUGUGCCUUCAGGGGAAAGCACCAGAUAUGGCUGAGGGAAACACAUUUUUACUUGUGAGCAAUGUGCGCAACAGGCUGAGGGAGAUAGUUGGAGCAUCCACCAACUGGAAAGAUCAUCAGCAGGCAUUAGCCGAGCGUACAUCACUAAGCCAGUAUCUUGCUCAGAGUCAAGAAGAACUUCCUGCAAAGACAAUGAAGGACAGUGCAAUUGAGGCGCAUCUUCCUUUGGGUACCCAGCCUGCCUUGAGAGAAACAUACCUCAACUAUCACAACAGUGUCAGGUUUGGAAGGAUUUUGGAGGACUUGGACAGUUUAGCAGUGCUCAUCUGUUACUCUCACACAUGGAAUAAGGAGCUGAAAAGAUCUCCACUGUCUAUUGUCACCGCCCUAGUGGACAAGAUCGAAAAAAACAUCAUCUACCCCGACUGUGACAUCAAGUUUACAGGUCAUGUGACGUGGGUUGGCAAAACCUCAAUAGAAGCUAAAAUGCAUAUGUCUCAGUAUCAUGAUGGGGCGUACACUGACGUAUUAGAUGCCACAUUUGUAAUGGUGGCUCGAGAUCCUGAAAACAAAAGGGCAGCUUUUAUAAACCCACUGAAACUAGAGAGUCCAGAGGAAGAGGCCAUUUUUCAACAAGGAGAGAUUAAUAAGAAGAGGCGUGUGGAGCUGAGCACAGCUUCUCUUUUAAAAGUGGCUCCUACAGCUGAGGAAAGGACACUCAUUCACAACCUGUUUCUCAACACUCUAGACACAAGAACUGUCAGCUUUCGAGGUCGUAUUUUACCACCGAACUCAGUGUGGAUGGAAGAUGCCAAAAUGAAGGGACUUGAGAUUUGCCAUCCACAAGAAAGAAAUAUCUUUAACCGGAUAUUUGGUGGAUUUUUGAUGAGAAAGGCCUAUGAGCUUGGAUGGGCGAAUGCAUGUGCAUUUGCUGGAUGCAGACCAGCCCUGGUGGCUGUAGAUGACAUCGUAUUUCGGAAGCCAGUAGAAAUUGGCUCUAUGCUAUUGCUGUCCUCACAGGUUUGUUACACAGAAGGGAUGCACAUCCAGGUCAGGGUUCACACAGAGGUGCUUGACCCACUGACUCGGCAACACAGCACCACAAACGUGUUUCACUUUACGUUUCGCGUUGAGAAGGAUAUCCCGGCUGUUGUGCCACAGAGCUAUGGAGAAUCUAUGCUGUAUUUGGAUGGAAAGAGGCACUUUGAUGAGACCAUGAGGAGCCAAGGUUGAGCAUCUGGGGUGUGCUGAAAGGAUGAGAUUCCUGCUGAAACUGCAGUGAUUGUCAUCGCUGUAGUGACAUGAGAGUGUAUGUGUGGAUUCAGCUUGUACUUUUAUAGUUACGUCAUUUUAUAUUCACUAUGUAUUUUAGUGUUCGCUGCAUUUUACAUAAAUGUAAAAUAUUGUUUUUCACAAUUUUAAACUUAUAGUGGAAGAGGAGCAUUUAGCGAAAUGGUUUUGCUGUGUAAGGUGUUUUUUUUAUGCAGGAAUAUUUUUAUUGUGUUAAUAUUGAUCCUAUUUAGUCAUUAAAGGGAUAGUUCACCCAAAAAUGAAAAUUCUGUCAAUUACUCGCCUCGUUCAUGUUCAGAACACAAAUUAAGAUAUUUUUAAUGAGCACAACUGACACGUUCAAGACCCAGAAAGGUAGUAAGGACAUUGCUGAAACUGUAAUGUUAUGAAGAUAUAAGAAUGGAUUGAUUUGGAUGGAUGGAUGGAUGGAUUUCAUCAAAAAUAUCUUAAUUUGUGUUCUGAAGAUGAGUGAAUGUCUUACAGGUUUGAAUAGAACGACAUGAGUAAUUAACGACAGACAGGUCAUUUUUGGGUGAACUAUCCCUUUAAGACUUAUAACAGACCAUGUUUUGUUUGCACUACAGUGCCAUUUAUCAGGAGAUAUAACUUUCAAGACUUUUAAACCGAAUGAUUUUUGGUUGUACUGGUGGAACUGACCUGAAUGCAGCCAAAGCUAUUUAUGAACAAGUGGUACCUUGAAAAAGGAUAUACAGUAUGUGCACAAAUUCUGAGAAAAAGUUCUGUCUUCCUUAAUGAUCUCCUCAAAAGGAAACAAGGAGAUCUGAAACUGUAGAUCAAAUUAUGAGGGCACUGACUCAUCAAAACACUCCAAAAACUUUACCUAACACUUCUGAUCUAGAGAGUAUGGAUAAGAAUCAGGUUUUCCUAUUAAAUCUGCAUAUGCUUCAGAAUGCUGACCAGUUAUCUUGUAUGUAAACAUCUGUUUUUGCAUUUUGAUUAUAAAUGCAACAGAUGACCAUGGACAUUUGUAAAAGAUGGUAGUAUGGAUUCUGUAAGAUGUUAAUAUGUAAAAAAUUGUAUGCUAGUGAAAGUAUGUCAAGGGAGAUUAAUAUGAUGCCUUUUGUGUACACACUACCUGAACCAGAAUGACCAAAAAAUGACCAGUGAAUGCAUGCCUUUGAAAUGUUUUUGUUUCAGUAUUUUAUGCGUUUGUAUGAGUAGUCUUGUUUGCUUCUUGUUAACACAGAACCUUAAAGGAAUAGUUCACCCAAAAAUAAAAAUUCUGUCAUUAAUUACUCGCCCUCAUGUUGUUCCAAAUCCACAGGACCUGCGUUCACCUUCAGAACACAAAUUAAGAUAUUUUUGAUGAAAUCCGAGAGCUUUCUCACCCUGCAAAGGCCCAAAAAGGUAGUAAGUGCAUCAUUAAAAUGGUUCAUGUGACAUCUGCGGUUCAACCUUAAUUUUAUAAAGCUACAAGACUGACACGGAGUACAAGAAAUUGAUGAAUAAAGUCUUUAUUUUUGUUUUCUUUGCAUUUAAAAAGUAUUCUCAUAGCUUUAUGACAUUAAGGUUGAACCACUGAUGUCACAUGGACUAUUUUAACAAUGUCCUCACUAUCUUUAUGUGCUUUGCACAUGUUUUGCAAGGUCAGAAAACUUUUGGAUUUCAUCACAAAUAUCUUAAUUUGUGUUCCUUGAUAAACGAAGGUCUUACAGGUUUGGUAUGAAUGACGUGAGGGUGAGUAAUUAAUGACAGAAUUUUCAUUUUUGGGUGAACUGUCUCUUUAAAUAUUCUUAUUUACGUCUGUAUUAGUGGACUAACAUUUGCCUUAUGUGUAAUGCACAUUUCAGAGGUGUAUUCUCUUUUUUUAUUUAUUCCAUGAGCGAAACUGUCCAAUGGUAUUUGUCUGGUCAUGUCAUCUAAAGUGGUCCCCAUGAGGCGACCCACUCCAUGUAAAAUAAAAUAAAACUGUAUCAGGAUACUUAUGAAUGGA